UAGGAAAGUGUCGAUUGUCGAGUCAUGGAUUACUUCGCUCCUGUAUGCCGCAAGAAGAAUAAGGAUCAUUUACAAGUGGAUACAACAAAAUGACCAUUAUUGUUAUUUUUUACUUUUAAUAUCUCUUCGCGUAAAACGGGUUAUUUGUUGGGAGCUUCAAUUCACUAAAUCGCUUUCCAGCACCAGCUUGUCUUGAGAAGCUCCCAGCCACCAUGGUGGUAGUGCAAAGCUACUGUGAGGCCAGCGCUUCCAUUUCCGAAGCCUGGCUGGAGGGCGGCAUCUCGCCCUGCUUCUACUUCACCCUGGUGCCCACCGUCCUGCUUACCCUCUCCUUCUUCUUCGGCGCCUUCCACUGCGUCUGCUACCGCCGCUACGGCACCGAGAUGGAGCCCAAGUUCGUGCCGCGCUCGCGCCUCUAUGGCCUCCAACUGGGAGUCUCCCUGCUCCUCCUGCUGCAGUUCCUAGGGGGGCUGGUGUGGAGGGCCGCCGGGGGAGGGGAGCUCCCCGGCUAUGUGGUGCUGUACGGCUGCCUGUCCAUGCUGGGCUGGGCCUGGGCCGUGUCCCUGCUAAAGCUGGAGAGGAGGUGGGUGCUGGUGAGGGACCGGACAAGGGGCCACAGCACGGUGCUGCUGCUCUUCUGGGCUGUGGCAUUCUCAGCGGAGAACCUGGCCUUUGUCUCCUGGGCCAGCCCCUACUGGUGGUGGGGCCUGGAGAACACACAGAAGCAGGUGGAGUUUUCUCUGUGGUUGAUGCGCUACCUCGGCACAGGAAUGCUCUUCUUCCUGGGCCUAAAGGCUCCGGGGUUGCCACGGAGACCAUACAUGCUCCUGAUCAACGAGGACGAACGUGACGUGGAGGGCGGCACUGACCAGCCCCUGUUGGGUGGGGCGGAGGAGUCCCAGUCUACCUGGCAGGACUUUGGGCAGAAGGUGCGUCUGCUGGUGCCCUACAUGUGGCCCCGGGGCAAUAUUCUACUACAGGGCCUGGUGCUACUCUGCCUGUGCCUGCUUGGUUUGGAGAGGGUCAUCAAUGUCUUUGUCCCCAUCUACUACAAGAACAUCGUGAAUGAGCUGACUGAUGGAAGCAGCUGGAAGACCUUGGUCACCACUGUGUGUGUCUAUGUCCUGCUCAAGAUCCUGCAAGGUGGAGGGGCAGGUGCGUCUGGCUUCAUCAGUAACAUGCGCUCCUUCCUGUGGAUCCGCGUGCAGCAGUACACCAAUCGGGUGGUGCAGGUGCGUCUGUUCGGCCACUUACACUCACUGUCGAUGCGCUGGCACCUGGGCCGGCGCACCGGGGACGUCCUGCGUAGCAUCGACCGCGGCACCUCCUCCAUCAACACCCUGCUCAGCUACAUUGUAUUCAGCAUCUUCCCUACCAUCGCAGAUAUCGUCAUCUCCAUCAUCUACUUCAUCACCUACUUCAACGCCUGGUUCGGACUCAUCGUAUUCGUCUGUAUGUUCCUCUACCUCACCCUUACCAUCAUCAUCACGGAAUGGAGGACUAAGUACAGGCGAGACAUGAACACCCAGGACAACAACGCCAAGUCCAAGGCAGUGGACUCCCUGCUCAACUUUGAGACGGUGAAGUACUACAACGCAGAGAAUUACGAGGUGAACCGUUUUGAGGACGCCAUUCUGAAGUAUCAGAUUUCAGAAUGGAAGACCCAAGCCUCUCUGGCCUUCCUGAACCAGACCCAGAACCUGAUUGUUGGCUCAGGCCUACUGGCAGGCUCACUGCUCUGUGCCUACUUUUUCCAGGAGGGCAAGUUUAAGCUUGGAGACUUUAUCCUCUUUGGCACCUACAUCAUCCAGCUCUACACCCCUCUCAACUGGUUUGGAACCUACUACAGAAUUAUCCAGAAGUCCUUCAUCGACAUGGAGAGCAUGUUUAAGCUCUUCUCCGAGGAAGAGGAGGUGAAGGACGUGGUGAAUGCAGGGAACCUUCUCUAUAAACUGGGAAAAGUGGAGUUUGAGAAUGUGUACUUUAGCUACAUUGACGGGAAGGAGAUUCUUAAGGACGUAUCAUUCACUGUGCAGCCAGGCCAUACUGUUGCAUUGGUUGGCCAGUCAGGGUGCGGUAAGAGCACCCUCCUUCGCCUGCUCUUUCGUUUCUAUGACGUUCAAGGGGGAUGCAUCCGCAUCGAUGGCCAGGACAUCUCUAAGGUGAAGCAGGGGUCUCUGCGUGCCCACAUCGGCGUGGUGCCCCAGGACACAGUCCUCUUCAACGAUAACAUCCGCGAUAACAUCCGCUACGGACGCAUCUCUGCCAGCGACCACGAAGUGGAGGCGGCGGCCAUCGCCGCAGACAUCCACAAGAAGAUCCAGACGUUCCCAGAAGGAUACGACACCCAGGUGGGCGAGAGGGGUCUGAAGCUGAGCGGGGGGGAGAAGCAGAGGGUGGCUAUCGCCCGGACCAUCCUCAAGGCCCCUCGGAUUAUCCUGCUGGAUGAGGCCACAUCUGCUCUAGACACACAGACGGAGCGCAACAUUCAGGCGUCGCUCACAAAAGUGUGCUCCAACCGGACCACCAUCGUCGUGGCUCACAGGUUGUCGACCAUCAUCGGUGCCGAUCAGAUUCUUGUUCUAAGUGACGGUCAGAUAGCAGAGCGAGGACGGCAUGAUGAGCUGCUGGCUAAGGGAGGGUUGUACUGUGGCAUGUGGAUGAAGCAGCAACAUGCCCAGGACUCAGACUCAGCCUCUGACACAGAAGCCAAAGACAGGAAGUCUGAGAAACUACAGCCCCCAUCAGUCACUGCAGGCCACAGGAGCCACUGAGGAUAGAGUGAGAGGUCAAGGAUAUGUAGAUAUUGUGAGGAGACGGACGAGGGACGCAGGGAGAGGAUUAGAUACCUCAAACGGCUGUUUUGCCUGCACUUUUUUAAGGUAUCUGUCCAUUGAGGUUCAUUCGGUUAAGAGUGAAGUUAAGCCCCACCCCAACCCUCUCUGCAUGUUACGGGCAAGUCUAGGGGCCAAAUGUCCCCUCCCCUUCCAAAAUGCGAAAGAUGCGAACACCUGCAAAAUCAUGAUUUCUCCAAGUGAUCAGUGGCAAAAAUCUGUGCACCUCGCUGUUGUCACAUUCCACAGUCUUUUGACAUACACUACGAUACCAGUUCUGUUACAUGCGUCUGUCCACGAGAGAUUAGUCCCAAAUGAACACGACCAGGACUCCGUAUAGUCCGUCCUCUUGCUGUCUGAAGUCGUUUGAUUGCAGCCGUCCAGAGAAGUGGCAGCAAAUCCAAAGUAGACUAAUCCCUACCCUUAAGCUCAGGAAUAGGCAGUUUGUCAAUGUCUCACAACACUUUGAAUUGUUGACUAAUGUUUAGGGGUAGAGAAAUGUAUUUGUUUUAUUUACAGCAUCUAGAGAUAGUCUUAUUGAACAAGUUCAUUGUAAAUUAUUUAUAUAUAUUUUUUUUAAUUUUUUUACUACACCCACCCACUUUUUAGCUUAUGAGACGGAUCAUUUUUGUUAGCUAUUAUACAAGCAAUAGACUUACAUUAUACUUCAUAGGUGUCAAAAUUUGGUUAUUAGUAAAACAGAUAUUUAGUCUGUAUUUGGUCCAUUUAGCAUCGAAACUGCAUCAGUUUUACUCCAAUCAGACUUGGGCAUUAUCAUGUACUGUACAGUCUAGGUGUUGACUGAUACAUGCAAAAUUAGCUGGCUGUAACUUUUAUUUGUCACCAAUGGUGAUCAAUAAGAACUAGUGGCAGUAUAUUAAAGAGAACAGAAUCGAUGGAAAAGGAAACCUUUAUCUAUGAAUGAACUCAGAAUUCUCAAACCUGUCUGUGCUGCUACCCAUUUUGCAUAAAGAACUACUGUCUGUAUCUUUAUUUUAAUGGAAGAAAUUAGUCUGUAUUUGAAUUUGUUAGUGUGGAGUUUGUCAAUAUCUGUUGAUAAUAAUCACACUCCAUUUACAGUAUGUAUUGUCAUUCUGUUUCAUUUAUUUAAAAAGGGCCAUAAGGGAAGGUCUAGCCAUUUAGCUGAACUUUAGUUAUUUGAGAGAGAAUGGGGACUUUAUAUCUACGUGAAGUCCCCUGGGUUACGAGUUUGGGGUUGAAUUGGAAACUGUCUGCAUUAAUCAAGGGGACGUGAAAAUGGACAUACUUACCAUCCAUAUAUUGCACAGCAGACUUCACAUCAUGGAACAAAUAAAUAGAUGAAUCCCAAAUGCAUUUGUGACUACAGAAGUAAUACCAAAGAGAGAGAGUGGUUUUGAUAGCAAAUCAUUGCUCUACAACUACAGCAGUCAAUCAUUUGUAGGUGUACAAUAUGCGCAAACUGGUGCAGUCAAAUAAUUUACACGAAUGCACCAUGAGUUGAAAUGUUAUGUGUCAAUGAGUGACAUUGACACCACAGGAGGUUGGUGGCACCUUAAUUGGGGAGAACGGGCUUGUGAUAAUGGCUGGAGCGGAAUGGUAUCAAAUACAUCAAACUAUUGUUUUCCAUGUGUUUGAUGCCAUUCCAUUUGUGCCAUUACAGAAAUGCAACAUUUUUGUUCUGAUAAUAACUGCUUUGACACAAUGUCAAACUUUUUUGUAUGUGAUUUGGGGUAUAGUUUGUUUGUAGUGUGGUCUUUGCCUUUGGAAGAGUGACAAUGUGUGUUUGGCAUCAGGCCAUGCCUGGAUGUCAAAUACAUAAAUUGUUUCUUUUUUCUUUGUGUAUAUGUUAAUAAAUUGUAUAAUUAAAGAUGUAUUAUGACGAA